AUGAACAGAGGUGGUAACAGAGGUGGCUUCGGUGGCCGUGGUGGUUCCAGAGGUGGUUUUGGUGGAAGAGGUGGUUUUGGUAGACCACCAAUUCCUCAAGGUCCUCCAGAUACCGUUUUAGAAAUGGGUGCUUUCCUUCAUCCAGUUGAAGGUGACAUCUUAUGUCGUUCUAUCAAUACUAAAAUUCCAUAUUUCAAUGCUCCAAUAUAUUUAGAAAAUAAAACUCAAAUUGGUAAAGUUGAUGAAAUUUUAGGUCCAUUAAAUGAAGUUUUCUUUACUAUUAAACCAAGUGAAGGUGUUCAAGCUACAAGUUUCAAAGAAGGUGAUAAAUUCUAUAUUGGUCCAGAUAAACUUCUACCUAUUGAAAGAUUCUUACCAAAACCAAAAGUUGCAGGUCCACAACCAAAAAAGAAGAAGAGUGCAGGUCGUGGUGGUGCAGGUGGUGCCAGAGGUGGAUUUGGUGGCCGUGGUGGCUCUAGAGGUGGCUUCGGUGGCCGUGGUGGAUCAAGAGGUGGAUUUGGUGGAUCAAGAGGUGGUUUCAGUGGUGGCCGUGGUGGAUCAAGAGGUGGAUUCGGUGGUGGUCGUGGUGGAUCAAGAGGUGGAUUUGGUGGAAGAGGUAGAGGUCGUUUCUAA